AUGGAUCCCAGCAAGAACCCGGACGUACAAGCCGAGUUUUCCAGUCUCAUGAACAGACAUAUGAAAGUGUUCGACGAGGGGAGUGCCAAAUUCUCACAGCGGGUAAAGAGUCUCCAUGACUCGGUAAAAGAAGCGUCCGCGGAGUUUGAAAGGGCAAACCAGGCGCUGAAGAAACCGCUUGAGGAGCUGGAGAAAUCAGAUAACAGGCUUCGGAAACUGUACGACAAUCUGGACAAAGCAAAUGAGGAGUUAGAAAAGUCACGUCAAAAGCUGAAGGACUUUGAAGAACUCCAUGGAAUAUGUGCUGAUGAUUUAUCCGAUUGUUAG